CAGGGGACUUGUGUGUUGCAUAACAUCGAAAAUUUGCGCCAGCUGCACAGCAGACACUCAUCUCUUCCUGGUGGCCAAGCCAAGACCUACCGCGUCGGUUUGUUGUGUUGUUUUGAGCGGUAUUUUAUUGUUUUGAAAACUGUGCAAUAUUACCCUUCAGAUAGGUGUAUUUGUUUAGUAAAUAUUACUUCACAUUGUCAGUGUUGUUUUGUGUGGCGAUUCAUUAUUUCGCAAAACACAGUAUAAGCUCUAAGCUUCAGGAUCUGCGAAGUAUUUGAAAAUUCCUGAAAACCCAACACAACAGAAUGGUAGUUGAGGAGCAGAAUACCAAUCCGGACGCUGAAUUCAAAGCUCCGGAAUGGAUAAACACUACCUUAAUACAAAAAGCUCUGAAGAAAAGUGAAGAACAUCUGAAGGUUAAAGACAUCUCAGUUAAAAUGGCGACGACUCCAGGGGAGAACUACUCCAGCAGCAUCUACCGGGUGACAGUGGAACUAUCUAAUGGAGAGUGUCGCUCCUUUGUAGUGAAGGGCCCUCCGCCCGGUCAAACCUUGAGAGAAGCCACCCUCGAAUUAGAUAUAUUUCGGCGAGAGGGAUUCAUGCUCGGUGACGUCAUCCCACAGAUUGAGGCAAUGCUGGAAGAAGCCGCUCCAGGCCAGUUCCCGCCGUUGGCCGCUCGCUGCCCACUCUAUGACCGCGAGUACCUCGUCAUGCAGGAUCUGGCGACUGCGGGCUUCAAGAUGGCGGACCGCAAACGCGGCCUGGACCUGAAGCACAGCCUGUUGGCUUUACGAUGUCUGGCGCGCUACCACGCCGGCACGCACGCGCUCUUGCGGCAGAAGCCGGAAAUCGCCGACCGGCUGCCCAGCAUGUGGCUGAAGCCCCAUCCGGCCACUGCGGCUUUCGUGGAAGGAGGGGUGCAAAUGGCGGCGGACGCUUGUAGACUGUGGCCUGGAUACGAAGAGUACGCCACUCUGCUGGAUGAGUUCAAGACUAUAGCUAUGGAGACUUUCUUAGAAGUCAACACUCCCACACCGGACGAGUUCACCGUAAUUGUGCACUCCGACUUCUGGGUGAACAACAUGAUGUUCCGGUACGAUGAGGACAACCCUGAACCGAAGGGACAUCGUAUGGUGGACUUCCAGGGAAGCACAGUAGGUUCCCCAACACUUGACUUGCUCUACUUCUUGAGUACAAGUGUGACGGAAGAAGUAUCAGCUGACAAUGAAGAUCUCCUCAUUCGAGAAUACCACAGGACCCUAGACGACACACUGCGGCUGUUGAGGCUGGAGGUACAAGACAUCUCCGUGGAAAUGGGCACCGCGCCAGGCGACAACUACUCCAGCUGCAUCUACCGGGUGCGAGCGACACUAUCAGACGGCAGCGGCCUCCGCCGGGCCUGGGCGCGUUUCGCUAAUAAUUCGCUAUCUUAG